AUGCCAAUAUCCACCACCCCUCGCAGCGUCUCCGACGCAACCCGCUUCACAGCCACAACCCCCCACGCCGACUCCAAAACCGCCCGCUUCAGCAAACCCCCCAACACCUCCUCCCUGCCCCCAUCAGGGGGUUCUCCAGAAGGGAACCCAAUCCGGAUCGAAACCCCCGACGAAAAAGUCGCCCGCCUCCGCGCCGCCCACCAAAGAGCCAAACUCGCCAAUGUCUCCAAGCUAGAGCAGUACCUCGCCGUAGGCCGCUCCCUAGCCGACAAGGGGCACCGUUUGUCAGUCAUGGCACUGAUAGGCUUCUCCGCCUACACCUUCUACGACAUGAUGGUCCUCAACCGCAAGCGCAAAGCAGAAUGGAUCGAGACCCAAAAGCAACUCGAGGCCGACGAGCUCGCCCAGGCCAGACUGGCGUACAUGACUGGCAAGGCGGACGAGGACCAAAUCGCGCUUGUAGAAGAAGUCAUGGAAAGAGAGCGGCAGCAAGGAAUGGCGGGGAAGACGUCGUUCUUUGAGAAAAUCCCCAGCGGGUUCGCUCCUGCGGAAAGGACACACUCCCCAAGUGUGACGGAGGUUGUGAGCUGGCCUUCUUCUGCUGCGCCGGUACCAGAGCAACAGGGAGAGGGGGGAAAGAAGAAGGGGCUCUGGACUUGGUUGACUGCUAAUCUGAAAAAGGAGGAGGAAGGGGAGGAGGUGAUGGGUAAGGAGAGGAGAUUAGGGUGGGAGUCGUUGAGUGAGGAGGAUGAUGGGAUGGGGGUGAGAGAUAGCGAUCUUGUCCGGGCGUCGGAGGGGAGGGGGGUGGCCAGGGGGUUGAAGGAGAAGGCGAGGGAGGCGUUUGAGAAGGAGAAGGAGAAUGAGAGGAGGGGUGGGGCGUUGGAUCGGAUUGGGUUGGAGGAGAAACAGGAGGGGGAGAAGAAGAAGAAGGGGUGGUUUUGGUAG